GUGACCUCAAUCACUGCUGGCGUCGUUAUGAUGGCUACAAUUUACAAAGCACAAUGGUUAAUAAAAAAGAACAGUUGAAGAAGCCUUACGGUAUACUGUGCAAUUUCAAAUGUACUUGGUUUUUUACAAUAAAUUUUCCAACAUGUGAAUUCAUUUAUGACUACAAACUUUCUUGCUACUUAUUUACAUCACUGCCGGAUUGUACUACGGUCAAAUGUACGCUUUUGAAUUUUUUUACAUAAAAUAUAGACAAAAUUUCGCAUAGUCAAAUAUAGAUAAAAUUAUUUAUGUUAUAAAUAUAUGUAUGUAUUUUUAAACAAUUUUAAUUUAAGACAUUUUUGUAAAUGCUUUAAAUAAAACUAAGUUAAGUGUAAAUUUUUUAAGCAGAAUAAAAUAAAUUAUUUAAACAAUAUCAGUGAAGUAUUGUAGUAGAAUAAAAAUUGUGAAAAUUGGUUGUUGGUUUUAUUAUUCGUUUUUCGUUGGCGCAUGAAUUGUUGCCAUGUCCAACUUGAUGAUAGUUAAUUGUGACAAAAAUCAGUAGCUAAAUUGCGCUUUCAAUUUCCUCUCAGUCCUGAAAAGGUCCUGCUGUAUGUAUCCUUUCAUAAUAUCAGCACAUAUGUAUGUAGCACACCAAAAGCACCAGCGUUGAUGAAAUAGAAAAUUUGAAAAAUUCACUCGUAUUUGAUCACUCUUCAUUCGGAAUCGCCAAUUUAAGCGAUAGGUGCUCUG